GCUUGGGUAGGGAAUCUUCUAUGGUCCUUUUGGUGACUAUUAGGUUUGUCGUUCCUUCAUUUCGUCAUGUCGACUUCUUCCUCCAUAGAUUCCCAACUGGCCAUCGACCUCUUUGAAAGAUCGUCCCCAUCGUCUCGAAGAUGUUUUCUCUCAAAGCUCGCACGGAAGUUCCAUCCUUCUGACUGGAAUUACAUACAUACUCUGCUGGAACAGACACCAUUCUUCGUGGAUAUCAUUGGCGCACUCUCGGUUGAGCUCGUCUUCCAGGUGAUUCAGCACCUUGACCCGAUUGACACCAUCAGGAUCCGUCGCGUGUCGAAGCGUUACCAUGAAAUAUUCACAUCGGAGGACGUUUGUCGCUUUCUAUCCAACAAGCUUUUACCGCUGGAAGAUAACCCCUCACAGCCGGGGUCAUGGAGGAUCUACUAUGAGAAUAGGGUUUCGCGUCGAUGGGCAUUCCUCAAUGGAGAGUCUCACAGCGUUGAAGAGCUCGAGCAUUCCACUACGAUGAAUAUGACCUCCUUCUGUCAUAGAACGUCACAGUUUGCAUACGUGUUUGAUAAUUUUACUAAACUUCAGGUCGUGGACCUGUCUACAUCUCCCAUCACCGAGGUUCUUCAGCCGAUGUUCUUGCCGAAUAGAUCUCGUAUCCUGCUGGUACAAUUGCUUCCUACGCAUGUUGUUGUGGCUACUUCUAUGGGGGUGUGCUACGCUUGGAACUUGUCAACGAUGGAAUGGCAUAGCUUCAAGUUGCCCAACGCGCGUGUUACUAGUAUCCACGGGGACGGGAAUUUUGUCGCCAUAUCAGUGUUGAAGAUCCUGGUCGUUCACGAUGUGGUGAAAGAGACUUCAAAGACAUAUGAAGGGGGACUUAUUGAAUGGCUCUGGAAUAUCGCGGGUUCGGAUAUGAGGUUCCAUAGGCUACUGGUUGAUGCGGAGAGAAAAAGGGUCUGGACACUCACUGAAUCGAUACCUCUCGAGAAGCGGGUGGUUCACAUGUUAGAUCUUUCAACCGGGGCGGUGGCGUUGAAGGAGAUGGUUUUGGAACCGCAGCCUGAGGGCAAGGACUACAAUUGGGAGCUGAGGGAUGGGUUGCCUCUAUACUCUGGGAAUGACUGUUACGACUUUGUUUUUGACUUUGAGGUCUACAAUCGGACCGCAUGCACGAGUAAGGUGUCUAGGGCGAGUAGACUUGUCUUUGACCUUCGAACUGGUGACUGCUACGGGGAUAUGUUCAACCUAGAGGCCUGCGGGAAGCAAAUCUCCACCGACCUAUUUGCCCACGAGUACAACGGCUUGAUCUGCUGCUACAAUCACCACAUUGCACCGGAUGGAGAAGGGGGUGAGGACGGCUUUCCGUCUUCGGAUUUUUUUGUUCCGGGAAUGGCUUAUCGCACACCUGAGAAGAUGGAAGCCAGGUUCCGCUUUCUCCAUCUCCCGAAUUCAGGGAAGGUCGGCGGGGAUAGAGCUCCGCGGCUAUGUGGUGCCAUGACGGAGAAGUUUGUCUUGUUGGUUUCGCACUGGGAUUCAGGGCCACUGCUCUUGGUGAGGUUUAAGGGGAUUCAUGAGUGA